AAAAACCUAAAAUCAAAAAUCAAAGUGGUCCAAUCUUUUGAUUGAAAUAACAUUAAUUGAACUACAUCUGGCUGAGUGUUUGCCUGUGUCUGUCUGUGAGAGAGAGAGAGAGAGAGAGCGAGUGUUUUAAAGUUUCACCUCGUGUGUGUUGCUUUUUUUUGGUUGCUUUUUAGCUUGAUUCAUGUAUACAUUACAAAUACAUAUAAACACAAUAAUACACUAAACACACACACACGCACAUACAACAAAAAGGCACGCCUGUGUGAAAAGUGAAAGUGACGCCCCAAAAUCGAAAGGACCUGAAAUUUGCUGUUGCUGCUGCUCCUGCUACACUACUUCGCUGCUGCCAUAGAACUGGAACUGGGCAACGUUUUUGAAUUAUAUCAUAAAUUGCGAUACGCUUAGACAAAUAAACCCAAAUGCCAGAAGCAUUGAUAUUACCCGGCAUGGCUGACGCAGAGCCGGAUCUAUCGACUUUUGAGAAUAAGACAGGAUUGGCUGAGGAUAUGAAAUUCCUGGCAUCCAUGCCCGAGCUAUGUGAUGUAACCUUCCUAGUUGGUGACACCCGUGAACCAGUUUGUGCCGUUAAGGCUGUGCUAGCCUCCCGUUCCCGGGUAUUCGCCAAAAUGCUAUAUGCAGCACCAUCGCCCCAACGUAAAAGGGAGACCUCAACCAAAGAGAAUAAGUUGCGUCUAUUCCUCAAGCGUUCAUCGGAGCCCUUGUUGAAUCUCCAGAAUGCGGCACAACAGAGAACCGGUUUCUCCCAACAAUUAGCUCCGAUACCUGAGCCCAACAGUCAGCAGCAUCAAACCUUGAUUAUAGAGGAGUUUGAACCCGAUGUCUUCCGUCAGCUUAUUGAGUAUAUUCAUACGGGUUGUGUGACACUUCAACCCAGGACACUUCUGGGGGUAAUGAACGCUGCCGAUUAUUAUGGCUUGGAGGAACUGCGUCGUGCGUGUGCUGGAUUCAUUCAGUGUUGCAUCAAUGUGGAUACCGUGUGCGCUUUGCUGGCUUCGGCAGAGCGUUAUAUUCAGUACAAGUGCACCAAAACUUUGGUGCAAAAGGUCUUGGAGUUUGUCGAUGAGCAUGGCACCGAGGUAUUGAAUUUGGGCAGUUUCACUCUGCUGCCCCAGCAUGUGGUACGUUUGAUAUUGGCAAGGGAGGAGCUACGGGCCGAUGAGUUUACAAAAUUUCAGGCGGCUCUUAUGUGGAGCAAGAAGUACUAUGAUAAUAACCCAAAUAUUGACAUCAAGGAGAUAUUGGGCACAUUUCUGGAGUACAUUCAAUUCCAUAAGAUACCAGCUAAUGUGCUGAUGCGUGAGAUACAUCCGCUUAAUUUGGUUCCCUAUGCUAUUAUUAUGAAUGCUUUGGCCUACCAGGCAGACCCAGAAAGCAUCGACCCCGGAAAGCUGUCUCCCAACUCUAGCCGACAUCGUCAUCGUCAUCAUCAUCAGUCCCUGCCCAAGAUCCGCAAGGCCAAGUCCCAGUCCUUCCGCACUCGUCGCAGUCCCUCGGAACGCCGAAGUCCCAAUGCAUCAGCAGCUCCUACACUUACGCUUAACACCGGCAAUGCCGGAGCCAAUGGCGAAAAGAAGCGAAGUCCACUGACACCCAAGAGUCCAGUGUUGCCGCAACCAGAAUCCAAAAGCCCGGGCAGUAGUUCGCAGAAAACACCCACAAAUACUCUCUCACGACAGGGUACAUUGCGGGCCUCGAGCCGGCGUAAGAAUAGUGGCCAGUUAUCGAUUUCACUGAGUGCCCAGGGUGGACGACGUAGUCCGGUAGGGGAUCGCAGUCCCCAAGGAAGACGUAGUCCGCUGUUUCCAGGCAGUAGUGGUCUCAGAUCUCCCAAUGACCAGCCUAGCCCAACGUUGCGAAGUCCCACUGCCGAGACAGUGCAGCGGAGAAGUCCAACAUUUAGUAUACAUACACAGGAGAGACGUUCUCCCCUCGGUGCGGCACCCUCUGAUUUUAGCUGUCAGACGGGAGUAUCUCGAAGAAGUCCGACCUCCACGGUGCAUGUACAGGAUAUGGCCACCGAACCUGAUGAAGCAUGCUUUGUAGGUCUCAAGCGACCUUCGAUUAGCCUCUUCACGCCAAUAUACUUUGCCAGCGAAAAGCGUUCACCGAUGGGCAUGGGCCCCAUUCCACCCAUCACUGUAUCCAAUCCUGCCGAGACUUACAAGAGUGCAGAGCGCGAACGUGAAGCAGCCGAGGCAGCUGCCCGAGAAAAAGAGAAAGAGGCUGCACAGCCUCAACCAGAGAAGAAAAGUGUUAUGCGAGAGAUUUUGGCUUUUGUACGCAAACCCUCAAAACAUAUAUCAACGCGUACGAAUCGGUUUGCCAAUGCAUUCACGCGGGCAGAGUCCGGAUCAUCUGGUGGUCCGUUAAUUAGACAAAGUACCUUUUCGGCUAGUCCCGCUGCUUCUUCGACGGCAGCCAAGAGUGCUGUACAAAAACAAAUGUCUGAGGUUGGAUUCGAGCCAAAGAUGUCACUAAAGUUUGCCCACUACACCAAGAUGUCACUCAAGCUAAGACGAUCGGCGCGUCGCGAGGAGGAGGAGAAGCAGAAGCAACAACAACAGCAGCAACAGCAACAGCAACAACAACAGCAGCCAGUCACUUCAGCCUCCGGUUCGAAAAGGCCCAGUGCGGACUCCAAUGCAGGAACUCUUGACCAGGUAGGUGAAGGGACAGCCGAGGAGUUGCCAUUCGAAUUGGCAAACGUGCACUUUGAAAAGGUAGGUGAGUCGUAUAUCAAGCAUGAAAGACUCAGAGAAUUAGUUGAGCCAGAACCUGAAGUCGAAACCGAGCAGCCAGAUACAGCCAUGGCCCAAUUCGUCGAAGAGGUGACCAAUUCCCUUAAGGUGGUGGCCCUCAACGGUGGCUUGGAGGCAGGAGCAAGUGGCACGGCAAUCCAUCACUUUACACGCCGUUCAGAGAGCCGUGAGCCCAUAGAACCCAGAAUCAGCGAGGAGCGCGAAUCGGACUCAAAUGAUCUCAUAAUACCCGAGGAUCUGCGCCUUGAACUUGUAGAGAUUUUGAAAGCCUAUGCCCCAGAACCAGUUUAUGUUAAUUUGCAGGCACUGCGGCGCGAAACCGAGGAAGCGGAAGCUGCCGCCAAAGCAGUGGCCGAUGCAGCAGCUGCCGUGGUCGCUGCUCCUCCCGAAAAACAGCCGCUGCAGUGUCCUACUAUUGAGUUUGAGCCGCCAUCGCGUCGUUCGUCUUUUGAUCCACCGCGAUCUCCAUUCUUAGAUCAGUUGCGUAGUCCAGGGGUGGAUACCGAGACGGAUCUGAUUAAUUUACAGCGUCUAGACUCGGGUGGUGAUAGCUUCGAGAUGGUUGAAGGUGAUCGCAAGUCAAGUCGAGCGGAAUCUAGCUUUGACUGUCCUUACUCAUCGCGUGACACCAGUUUCGAUGUGUCCAUAUCGCGCUACCAGUCCACUAGCUAUGAGGAUCAGACAUCCAGUUUUGAAAUUGUCGACACUGAUGAACGUCGGCGACACAUUGAUUUGCGUAAGAGCUCCAUAGAGCUCGUCGAUGCCGAAACCUUUCAGCGCUCCGGGUCUUCUUGUGGUCGCAAAUCCUCACUGGAAACGCACUUUGACUACACACCGUCAGAGACGAGUGGCAUAACGCCAGUGCGAUCGCCAAAUUUUCCCAUGACCAAGAAGCAGAAGACCGAAACAUUCCGGCAGUUGCAUAUCUCACCUUUCAGUGCCUUCUCGCGGGCACGUAGUCCGCUCUCACAGCAGACAUCCUCGAACUACAGCUCCCGUGACAGUCGUGACGAUUCGAGCUCAUCCUAUCCAUAUCCCCACGGCCAUGAGCCUCAACGUAGUCCGUAUGCUGAUCCGAGUAAAAAGCAUUUUCCCUUAACCAUCAAGCAGCAAGAGGAGGAAGUUAAGACCUUUCUGUGCACAGAUCAACGUUGUGCCUCCAUAUUUGAGCCACGUCCCAGCUCAGUGUUGACCCAACAACUCUCAACGGGCUCCAUGUCAACGCCCUCAGGCUAUACGAACGGUACACCUCGUGUCCCCAGUGCUGUAGGAGGAGCUGCUCCUGCUCCUAUGGUCUGUAUGCCUAGCGGUAUUCCACCUCUCAUCCAUGGCCCCUUGGGCUCGUGUGGCUUUUCCAGUGGCAGUGAAUUUGAGCCGCCUUCCCCAAGGCGUGCGGCUAGUGCCUCACCCAAGCAUACGUUCACCUUUCGCAUUGUUAUGAAGAAGGUCGAUAGCUCACCGGAGGCCCUGUGUCCGGAACGUCAUCGAUCUCGCAUUAUCGAUCGCUAUCGACGACGUGAUAGUCGCCGCAAACGCAUCCAUGAUGCUGGCAAAAGUUUCUAAGCAAACACCAAAAAGCAAAAUAUUGAAUCACAAACUUUUUUCUACAGCAAUCAUUUCUAGAUAUCAUUUUGACAAUCUAAGUGUUUCUACAAAUACCGAUAAUACAGAUAGCAAUAAGAUGCUGAAAUAAAAGUACUCAAGGCGUUUAUAGAUCAAACUUUAUAAAAUGGUUCUGGUUUUUAGGCCGUUUCAAAACUCUAUCAAACGUUAAGUAAAUUCGGCUAAACCGAAGUUUCUUAUCUAAUAUAUACAUAAAGACAAAGGACGACGAUUUACAUAUGUUUGGGGGAUAUAUAGCUCUUAAUUCGUCCGUUUCUAGAAAAAGUUACGCCUAUUUAGAUAAUUACAAAAUAAAAUAUAUAUAAAAAUCUUUGACAAACUUUUUCCAAACUGGUACAAAAUAAGAAAAACUAAAAAGAAAAAUAUAAAAUCAUAUUCUAAAUGAUCUACAAAUGUAUGUGAAACAAUAAUUCCUCCCACGAUUUACCUGA